AUGGAUUCCGCAGACCCAAGAGGUUCCAAGAGAAAAGCAGACUAUGCAGACGCCCCUUCUCCUGCUUCUGCUGCUCCUCAGCUUCCCCGGAGAAUAAAGCCUCUAGACCAGGUAGUUGUUAAUAAGAUCGCUGCUGGUGAAAUCAUCGUGGCCCCAGUCCACGCACUGAAAGAGCUUAUCGAGAACUCCGUUGAUGCGGGAUCUACCAGCAUCGACAUACUAGUGAAAGACGGUGGGCUGAAGCUUCUCCAAAUCUCAGACAAUGGUCAUGGAAUUGACGAAAAUGACUUGCCCAUUCUAUGUGAAAGGUUUACAACUUCGAAAUUACAGUCCUUUGAAGAUCUUCAGUCUAUUGGAACCUAUGGUUUCCGGGGUGAGGCUUUAGCGAGCAUAAGUCACAUUGCCCAUCUGACCAUCACGACCAGAACGGCAAACUCACCUAUUGGCUUAAGAGCAACGUAUUCAGAUUCAAAGCUAAUUACUCCAAAACCGGGCCAACCUGCGAAUCCAAAGCCGGUACACCGCAACAAGGGAACACAAAUCACCGUCGAAGAUCUCUUCUAUAAUGUACCUAGUCGGCGUCGAGCAUUCCGCAGCCCCUCAGAGGAAUAUGCCAAGAUUCUUGAUUUAGUUGGUAGAUAUGCCGUGCAUUGCGGAGGCGUUGCUUUUAGUUGUAAGAAGUAUGGUGAUCCAGAUGUGGGUGUAUCUACAACGGCAGGAGCCACGACCACCGAUCGUAUCCGGCGAAUUCACGGCAAUGCUGUCGCGAAUGAACUCUUGCCAUUUGAAGUUUCAGAUGAUUACCUUGGGUUUAAAGCGAAGGGCAUGCUAAGUAAUGCCAAUUAUCAUGUCAAGAAAACGACGCUCCUUCUUUUUAUCAACAAUCGUUCCGUAGAUUCUUCUUCCAUCAGGAAAGGGAUUGAAUCCACAUACGCACCAUUUCUCCCAAAGGGUGGUCAUCCGUUUGCAUAUAUGUCUCUGGAUAUUGAGCCUCACCGGGUGGAUGUCAACGUACACCCUACCAAGCGGGAAGUCAACUUCCUUCACGAGGAAGAAAUCGUGCAAAAAUUAUGCGAAUCGCUACAAGAGAAGCUUGCGGCAGUUGACACUUCCAGGUCUUAUGCACUGACACAGGCACUCCUUCCGUCAGCCAAGGCUGUCCCAGACAACUCCUCAGGACAGAAGGCCGCUGCGAGAACGGCAAGUAGAGCGGAAGAAAGCAAACAACCACUCGUUGCGAAACCUAAAAAAACUUAUGAUUACAAUAUGGUGAGAGCCGACACUCGUGAUCGCAAAAUUACCACCAUGCUCCAACCGAAAUCUCAAAAAGAGGACAGGACCGCGGAGGGUGACGAAUACGAAUAUGAUGACAAUCGCCAAUGGACUUCCGUCAAGUAUCAGACCAUAAAGAAGCUAAGGAAGGCAGUAUGGGAUACAAAGCACAAGGAUCUCUGCGAGUUGUUUCAUAAUCAUACCUUUGUUGGAAUAGUUGAUGAACAAAGGCGUUUAGCAUCAGUGCAGCACGGCCUGAAGCUCUAUCUCAUCGAUUAUGCAGCUGCUGCCUUUGAACUGUUCUAUCAGAUUGGGCUCUCGGACUUUUCAAAUUAUGGUACCAUCCGUCUCAAUCCUCCUUUAGCAUUGAAGGAUAUUCUGGAAAUCGCAAUUGAGGAUGAAAAGAAAACGGAAGGCGUCAACCCGGACUCUAACAAUGAAUUCGAUUGGGAAGGUGCUUAUAAGAUUGUGGAUACCCUCGUCAGCAGAAGGGACUUGUUGAAAGAAUAUUUCUCAAUGGAAAUCACCGAGCAGGGCGAAUUGCGAGCGGAACUGAUAAAUCAAAUACUGCCGAAGGUUGACACGAGCUCCGACUCGCCGGAUAACAACAAUGAGGGAGAAGGCGGCGGAGGCGGUUGGAGGGAUGCUACCGCGCUUGCAAAGAGGAAGGAUGAGCUGAACCGAGCAGUUGAAACAAUACUAUUCCCUACUUUUAAGAGGAGACUAAUCGCGCCACCACCUCUGCUUCAAGGCGUCACCGAGAUUGCCAACCUGAGGGGCCUAUAUAGAAUUUUCGAGCGAUCCUGUUAAACCGGGGGGGGGGGUUAAAUCGUUCGAAUCAAAAAAACUCAGGG